CCCAUUAUCGCAGCCCCUCUUUAACUUCAACAACAAACCACCAUAGCUUCAGAUUUGAUCUUGACACCGCACCUGGGGAUAACCAGAUCUCUUCUUUGCAAUGGACGGCGUACAAUUAAGAGAUGAGGCUGUAGCCGAUCGUGUUCGGUCUGCACAAGAAUUUCUUGAUCCAAGUAUGUUUCCAUUUUGAUUUCCUCUAUUUACCUGCAAAUACUGACCUAAUAAAUCGUAGCUGAUGGCUCAGCAAGAACUUAUCGAUCCGAUAUCAUACUCAUGCUUCAGAAGAAGCAACGCCGCUUAAUUGUCAGUAUCGAUGAAGUUCGCGCACAUAAUCCAGAAUUGGCAAAUGGCCUUCUCGAACAGCCAUUUGAUUUCGCUCAAGCAUUCGAUCGCGCACUAUUUCAAAUAGUACAAACAAUCCCAAAUACCAAUGCUAGACAAUCUUCUGAGGAUACUAUGUACUAUUGUGCUUUUUCUGGAAGUUUUGGUCAAUUCGCAUGUAAUCCCAGGACUUUGUCAAGUACGCAUUUGAACAGGAUGGUUAGUUUGGAGGGAAUUGUCACAAGAUGUUCAUUGGUGAGGCCGAAGGUUGUCAAGAGUGUGCAUUAUAAUGAGAAGAAAAAGAUAUUCCAUUUCAGGGAAUACAAGGAUCAAACGAUGACAGCAAGUGGAGCAAGUACAUCGAGUGUUUAUCCACAGGAAGAUGAACAAGGAAAUCCGUUGAUUACAGAAUAUGGUUACUGCACAUACAGAGAUCAUCAAACAAUAUCUAUUCAAGAAAUGCCGGAAAGAGCACCAGCAGGUCAACUUCCAAGAGGUGUGGAUGUUAUUCUGGAUGAUGAUUUGGUUGAUAAAGUUAAGCCUGGCGAUCGAGUACAACUUGUGGGAAUUUAUAGGAGUUUGGGAAAUAGAAAUGCGGGGCAUAGCAGUGCACUUUUCAAAACGGUGGUUUUGGCUAAUAAUGUAGUUCUUUUAUCUUCCAAAUCGGGAGGAGGAAUUGCGACACAUACCAUCACCGAUACUGAUAUUCGAAACAUCAACAAGAUCGCGAAGAAGAAGAAUCUGUUCAAUCUUCUUUCUCAAUCCCUGGCGCCUAGUAUUUAUGGUCAUGAACAUAUCAAGAAAGCAAUUCUCCUCAUGUUGCUGGGUGGAUUGGAAAAGAAUCUUGAGAAUGGAACACAUUUGAGAGGAGAUAUCAAUAUCCUUAUGGUUGGUGACCCUUCUACAGCCAAGUCUCAAGUACUUCGUUUCGUCCUGAAUACCGCUCCUCUUGCGAUUGCAACAACAGGUCGAGGAUCUUCCGGUGUUGGUCUCACGGCUGCUGUUACUUCCGACAAAGAAACCGGUGAACGUCGUCUCGAAGCAGGUGCUAUGGUCCUAGCUGAUCGCGGAGUUGUAUGUAUUGAUGAAUUCGACAAAAUGUCAGACAUAGACAGAGUGGCCAUUCACGAAGUAAUGGAACAACAAACGGUCACUAUUGCAAAAGCUGGUAUUCAUACUUCCCUCAACGCCCGCUGUUCCGUCAUCGCAGCCGCCAAUCCGAUCUUCGGUCAAUACGAUACUCACAAAGACCCUCACAAGAAUAUCGCACUUCCUGAUUCUCUCCUUUCUCGUUUCGAUUUACUAUUCGUAGUGACAGAUGAUAUCGAGGAUUUCCGCGAUCGACAAAUCUCAGAACACGUUUUAAGAAUGCACAGAUACAGAGACCCUCAAACGGAAGAGGGAGCCCCCGUCCGUGAACAAGCCCAUCAAACACUCGGUGUGGGUGUUGAACAAGAAGCAGAUGCCAAUCAAGUAACGCCUGUCUACGAAAAAUAUAAUGAAAUGUUGCACGCUGGCGUCACCGUUACGACUGGCCGUGGCUCCCACCGUAGAGUGGAAGUCCUGAGUAUCCCCUUUAUGAAGAAAUACAUUCAAUACGCCAAAACCAGAAUAAAGCCGGUCCUAACCCAAGAAGCUAGUGAUAGAAUUAGUGAGAUAUACGUAGCUUUAAGAAACGAUGAUAUGCAAGGAAAUCAACGAAAGACGAAUGCAAUGACAGUUAGAACACUGGAAACUAUUAUUCGUUUGAGUACUGCACAUGCAAAAUCGAGAUUGAGUGCUAGAGUUGAGGAAGUGGAUGCAUUGGCUGCUGAGAGUAUCUUGAGAUUUGCACUUUUCAAGGAAGUGCUUGAGGAUGAGAAGAAAUCUAAGAGGAGAAAGACUAGACCUCUUGAAGAUGAAUCUUCAGGAAAUGAGAGUCCAUCUUCAGAUGACGAUGACUCUCCAGCUCCUACUUCUCGUGCACCAUCAACGAGAGCAACGCGCACACCUGGUACAGCUAGGACAAGAGCUUCAGCCGCUUCUUCGUCUAGGAGAAAUGGUACUGGCUCAAGUGCUGUGCAGAAUAAUGAUGAGGAGGAAGAGGAUAUGUAUACAGCAAGUCCAGCACGUUCACGUCCAGCACGAGCAUCUUCAAGUCGCGCACCAACACAAUCCCAAACUUCAUUCGCAUCUUCUCUUCCUGCUUCCCAGGCUUUGAGAGGUACUUCCAGUCAAUCACAGUCCCAAUCACAAACCGUGGAAGAAGACGAAGAAGAAGAGCUCGCCGCAGGAACUGCAGCUCUCAAUGUUUCAGCAGGUAUUACACCUAACCGCCUCCAAGUAUUCCGCACAACAUUAGGGCAAAUGAUGAAUACAUCCCUCUUCGAAGACGAUAGUGCCGAGGUCAAUGCUAUCAUUGAGGCAGUUAACGGACGUAUUGGAGGGGCUGCAGGAGGUAGUUUUGAGAGGGAAGAGGCAACAGCAGCGCUGAGGGCGAUGGAUGAGAGAAAUGAUAUCAUGUAUACGGAGGGAGAUUUGGUUUAUAAAAUUUAGAUUUGAGGAAACGUAAUGGGUUUUAGGGUCUGGAGACAACGCAGAGUACAAGAUCUUGGUUGUAUUGGUCAUGCGUUGGUUUAUGGCAGAGCAAGAUGGAUGAAUAGAUGGACGAACGAUGAAUGUAUGCAUGUACGCGAGGAGUUUAGAGGCUCUGGUGAUAUCAAAAUUAGUUUACGGAUUGAGUAAAUUGUUUCAACCUUCCAUUUUGCUAAUCAUGGGGCUGCAUAAUGGGUAAAUGGACUGCUGAAAGGAGUUACUUUUGGUCAGAAUUUAAGCGAUGAGUUUGACUCGAGUGAGUCUUAUGUCUUCAAUGUUACUUGGUUUACAAGAGAGUUCUGAUUCACGAAAACAGUUCUUUCCUAUAAUGUACGUGUGAGUGGUAUGGUGCUGAAGUUUCACGGUCGCUGACUCAUCUAGUGAUGAUGAGUUGCGAUGUGACUCGAAUUAUGCUAAGCUUUAUCGAUAGCACUAUCAGAAAUUGGUGUAUGAUUUAAUUUGAGGUACUUU